CACAGCGGCGACCUAUACCCCAUGUCUAUGUCCGCCUCACCAUCAAUGCUCCUCACCGCUCUGCUGGGAUUCAUCAUCUCCGGCAUACUUAUCGUCGUGCGACGACAUGACUGGAAUCGGAAAAAGAGUGUCAAGUUUGAGUGGGCUGCUCCUGAGCAAUCGUUUUUGAACUACGAAGGGACGACCAUCCUGAACCCCACUCUGAAGAGUCAUCUUGAGGACCCAGCUCUCCUGCCUGCAGAGCACGAACCUGGGGUAGAGUACAUAACCUGCUUCGACCCCUCCACCUCCCUACACAUCAGCACCCUCCCCUCACUCAACCAACUCCAAAUAGCAGAACGUAUCUCCCUCGCCCGGGAGUCCCAGCGCACCUGGUCACAGAGCACGUUCGACCAAAGACGGAGAGUGAUGCGGAGCUUGCUUGCUUGGGUGUUGGAGAAUAGCGAGGGGAUCGCUAGGGUCGCGUGUCGUGAUACGGGCAAGACGAUGAUCGACGCUGCUUUUGGGGAGAUCCUGACUACGUGCGCUAAGCUGGAAUGGGUAAUCAAGUAUGGGGAAAAGGAGCUGCGGCCGUCGAGGAGACGUGUUCCCCUGCUGUUGAUGCACAAAAAGGCCCAUGUCUAUUACGAGCCGAAAGGGGUUGUCGCCGCUGUCGUUUCCUGGAACUAUCCGAUCCACAACGCCCUAGGACCAAUCAUCGCCGCUCUCUUCGCAGGCAACGCCAUCCUACUCAAAGCGAGCGAGCAAGUCGCCUGGUCCUCAACCUGGGUGAUCGGUGCCGUCCGUCAAUGCCUACAAGCGUGCGGGCACGAUCCGGAUGUCGUACAGCUCGUGCUCGCCUAUCCGGAAACGGUGGAGACGCUUACCCGGAGUCCGGUCGUGAGGCAUAUUACGUUUAUAGGGAGUGAGGAGGUGGGAAGGAAGGUGCUGAUCGCUGCUGCGGAUAACUUGACACCUGUGACUUUGGAACUUGGAGGAAAGGACGCGGCGAUCCUCCUCCCUAGUGCGGACCUGAAAGCGUUCAGCUCCCACUGGAUGCGUGGUGUCUUCCAAUCCAUGGGCCAAAACUGUAUCGGUAUCGAACGCUUCAUCGUCCACUCAAGCAUCUACGACCAGUUCCUCUCGCUCAUGCUAGAUCGAGUCCGCAAGCUGCGUAUGGGGAGCGUGCUCAACUCGACCCCCGAAGGCUGGGUAUCGACCAUUGAUGUCGGUUCUCUCAUCUCGCACGCGCAUGCUGAGCGUAUAGCCCGCAUAGUGGCUCGCGCAAGGGAAGAAGGCGCGGAGGUCCUCACUGGGGGGAACGUCGUUUCCCACCCUUACGCACCAGGAGGGGCAUGGUUCGAGCCUACAGUGAUCGCCAACGUUACGGAAGAGAUGGAUAUCGCUAGACUGGAAGUGUUCGGCCCUGUGAUGGUAGUGAUGAGGUAUGAGGGUGGGUGGGAGGAGGCGGUGAGGUUGGCGAACGGGUGUACGUAUGGACUGGGAGCGAGCGUCUUUGGGAACGAUAGGAGGGAAUGUGAGAGGGUGGUGAGGGCGUUGAGGUGCGGGAUGGUCGCUGUGAAUGAUUUCGGGGUGUUCUACCUGAAUCAAGACCUUCCCUUCGGAGGAGUGAAAUCAAGCGGAUUCGGCCGUUUCUCCGGUCCAGAAGGUCUUCAAUCCCUAUGCGACCCCAAAUCCGUAAUCCAAGACCGGUACUUCUCCUGGAUCAGGACGCCUAUCCCUCGGGCGGUGGACUAUCCCAUUAGGAGUCUGGUCAGCAGCUGGGAGUUUGUGGCUGGGUUGGGGGAGGCGGUUUGGGGUGAAGGGUGGGCUGAGAGGGUGGGAGGGGUGUGGAGGUUGGUUAAGGCUUAGGGGUCGUGAGCAGGAGGGAGGGUAUCGAGCGAUUGGAAGUGUGACUAGGUAAGGAGUGCGUCACCGUUUCGUGUCAAGUGAAGUGAAAUGGCGGUAUGGACGGUCAUGCUAAGAAGUAGAAGUUCGCGUGGAAGUGGAAGGGAAGGUUUGGUGGAAGUGUGUAUGACGACAAUGACGUCUAAUAUUUUGGAUGUUAUUGGUGAUCGGGUACUGUCCAUCGGUGCAUUGAG